GCAAAUUUGCGAGGGAUUGUUUUUCGUUUCGGCGCCUCUGCUGCACGUCAGUUGUAAUGAUUUGCGUUUUGCAGGUCACGGAGUUACAAUAUUGAACAUGCUAAAUCACGCGGAAGCUAUAUUUAACAAAUCGCAUGCGUUAUAGCUGGCUGACAACGUCUCCGUGUCUUGCUGUGGCAAUGUGCGCAGGGUAAUGUUGAGCUCAUACUUCAGUUUCGGUAUACUCAAGUCCUUCUCCGUCGAGUUAAACGCGCAUAGCACAUCAGUUAAAUGGCGUCCUUUCAGUCUGGGAAGAAGAUGUCUCGUAAAAACAGAUCGUGAAAUUGAUAAGGACGUAAAGGAGUCGUAUUGCCUACUUGGCGUGAGCGAAGAUUGCAACCUCCAAGAAGUCAAAGACGCGUUUUUAAAGUUAGCCAUGAAGUAUCACCCGGACAGAGGCGGCACUGCAGCGGACGCCGCCAAAUUUGAUGAAAUCAAAAAGGCGUACCACACUGUGCGUGCCUACCUAUCGAAGGACACUUCUGACGAUGUGGAUCAGGUUAUCGAAAAAGAUUUUAAUAUAAAGCAUACAGUUCCCCAACACAGGCAGUACCUAAAUCUCGAGGGCGUUGGUUAUGGUACUCCUACACAACGCCAGAAGCAGUACGAUCGCUACAGAGUCGCUCAAGCAGCUGAUAGAGUUUUUGAAUAUCGUGCCCGCAAGGCAAAACUAGGAGAGAAGAACACGCUCGUGCAGCAUAAUGCAACCCUAGCACAUCAGUACAAAACAACCAAUGCCAUUGAGCGACUUGUAGAAGACUUAAUACAGGAGUCGAUUGCUAAGGGAGAGUUCGAUAACCUGCCUGGUUUUGGAAAACCUUUGAAGUUUGCACCUGAAAAUCCCUUUGUUGAUAGCAUGACACAAAAACUGAAUCAGGUGCUAAUCAACAAUGGCUUCGUACCGGAAUGGGUAAUGCUUGAGAAAGAGAUAAAUGAGGAAAAGCAAGAAGUACGCAACACUUUGUCGAUUGAGAGAGCUAAACUCGGGCCACUGCCGCUUGACAGUGACGAAAAGAAACGUUGGGACUGUGUCUUGGAGAACCUGCGCAAGCCAGUGGCCAACAUCAAUCACAAGAUCAACAAAUAUAACAUGGUCGUACCUCUUCCCUCAAAACAGCAGCUUCAUUUUCAGUUGGCACAAGUCAGUGAGAAAGUGCUCAAAACACCAGGUGGGGGCAAAAGGCAGACUAAAGCUUCCACGCAAAAGAGUACCACUCAUGACGACAAAGGACUGCUGGCCUUUCUGCUGGAGAAAAUAAAGCCGUAGUUUUUACA